UUAAGCACCUACACUUAUUUGUGUGCAGAAUUAUCUGUGUGGCGCAUUCUUCGAGAAUAACUAAUUUAGUCCUUUCUUUAUCUUGUCACACUAAGAAACAAGUUGGAUCAUUCACAUUCACAUCUUUUACUGUUCACUUGUUUCUUUAUUUACAGCACAACAAUUACAUAGUGCCCUCUAGAUUGUCUUACACUAGUAGGACGUUCUUUUUUCUGAACCAGGAGCCGUUAUUUAGUGAAAACUGCUAAACUAAGAUUCUAAGAUUGACCAUCUUUCUUUGAAUAGUUAAACUGCAAGAUGUACCACCUCAUAAAAUGCAUGACACUUCUGUUACCCUUCCUAUUGCUUUCCUUCAAUUAUUAUUAUUUGAAUGUGUGACCUUUAGAGCAUCUCCAAUAGAUGGUCCAAAUGUAAAAAUACCUAACUUUUGGACCGUCUGGGGCAAAAAGCGCUGCUCCAACAGAGGGUCCAUAUGUAAAAAAGUUUGGACCGCGGCCUCCCGGUGAUGUAAAAUUGAAAACUUUGUGAUGCAAAUUUACAUCACGAGAUGCAACUGGUCCCACCGUAGAUCUAAACCCCCGCCGCCGAUUCCACCCCGCCUGGGCUGCCGCCUGUCGCCGCGCCGCCCUGACCCCAUCCGCCUCCUCUCCGUUCGCCUCCGCACCCUGUCCACCUCCUCUUCAGCCGCCUCCGCCCUGUCCCGACCCCGUCCGCCUCCGCGCCGCCCCGACCCCGUCCGCCUCCUCUCCGGCCGCCUCCGCACCCCGUUCGCCUCCUCUCCGGCCGCCUCCGCACCCCGUUCGCCUCCUCUUCGACCGCCUUCGCCUCCGGUCCGUCCUCCGCCCGGCCCCGCUUCGUCCGCCUCUUCUUCGGCCGCCUCCUGUUCGUCCGCCGCCCGCUCCCCGAUGGCGCCGAAGGGCAAGUCCGGUUUCUUCGGCGUGAGGGCGAAGCCCUCCGGGAAUUUCGGAGUGGAGUUCUUCAACAUCGGGCGGCGUUGGUGGCUCGGCACGCAUCCCACUGCCGAUGAUGCCGCGCGUGCCUACGAUGUGGCGGUGUGGCGUGCCGGACGGCCGAAGAUGGACCUCAACUUCCUGGAGAUCGAGUCCCAGGCGAUGGCGGAGUGGCUCAUGCCGCAGGGCAUCCGGAUGGAGGAGAUGCCGGCGAAGAAGGCGAAGAAGAGACCGGCGGUUGUCGUCGCUCCGGGCGAGAGCGACGAGGCGGCGAUGGCUCGGUUCGUGCGGGAGCAUCCGCAGUAUGUCCAGGCCGAGCUGCGCGACAUCGUGGCGAAAAAGAAGGGGGUGAAGGAGGACGAGGCCGGCUCCUCGACUGUGAUCCCUAUCGAGUUGUCGGAUGAGGACUAGGGUGACUCCGAGGAGGAGGACGAGGAGUGCGAUGACCCGACCAAGGACGAGUUCUGGGAGCAGUUCCGCAGCUCGGACGACGAGGAGUAGUUUCAUCUAGUAGUUCGAAUAAGUAGUAGUUGAAUUUGUGUAUGAAACUAUGUUGAAUUUCAUGUUUGAACUAUGUUGAGAUGAAGUAGUAGUUGGUCGUUUUAAUCUUCGUUUUGGACCAUCUGUUGAAGUUGCUUUUUUUUUUACAUCUCUGAUUUGGACCAUUUGUUGGAGUUGAGCAUUUUCCGGAGCUCCAAAAAGCACCAUUUGGCAGUCCAUAUUUUACAUCUCCGGUUUUGGACCGCCAAAGUUUGGACCAUCUAUUGGAGAUGCUCUUAUACUUUUACUAAUUCUAAUCAUCCAUAAUAUUUGAUUAUUCAUGCUUGGUGGUGCACUGCUCCCUUUGCCUCUGUUGAUUGUGUUCCUUUCCAUCUCAAUUCUUCUACGACAUAUUUGGUGAAAAUAUCACCCUUCUGAACUGUUUAUUGUUGAUAUGAAAAUGUUUUGAACAAUAUUGAUAGGUUCUAUAGUUAAUAAAGUUAUUUUUGUCUACUAUAUUCUAUUUACCCAAGAGAUUGACUUCGUAUUAUUGUGUUCACUUGCCAAGCUCCAACCGAAGCAUCAAACUAAACAUGUAAUUAAUUGUUUAUCUAUAUGAUA